CUCUAUUUAUCGUGUCCACUAUUUUUACAACAAAGAAUUUGAUAAAUCUAAGUAGUCUAUAAAUACGAAUUCUGAUUAGUUUCUAGACGUGAAUACUGAAUAUUCUUGAUUUUUCAAAUCGAUUUUAUUGUGAUGGUAUUUACAUAACUCCAGCAAAAUAAUUCGCAGAAUAGUAAAUCUUUAUACUUAAAUGCAGGCUGGAAAUAAGAGAGCAAAUACCAACACUAACUGCAGUGAAAAACGCAUUACCAAGGGCAAAGUGGACAAGAACGCCUUUGUCCAAAAUGUUGGAGUCGCCGCUGGUCGCACAUUACGAUCACGGAAACCCAAUCCACGGUAUACAUUUAACGAAACGGAUCGAUCUAGAAUGGAAAAUCGCGCUACGAAGAAAAGGAAUUGCAAAGUUCAGCCACCAAACGAAGAUUGUGUUGAUAAUACGCAAAGGGAUGCAAAUGUGAAGGAAAAGUCACCUUCCACCGUAAUUGUUCAAACCUCACAAGAAAACGCAUCUGCUAAAGUGCAAAAUCUUGAAGAAAUGCGUAACUGUGAAAGAGAAAAUAUAAACGAUCUUCACCAUCAAGACUUGUCUGCUAAAAAGAGAAAGGUUCGCGACAUAAAAAAGAACUUUUCCAUAGAUUGCAUCGCUUCAAGUCAAUUUAUCGACGUUGUCGACCUGUGCGGUUAUUUGACCAGUAAUAUCAAAGUGGAUGGUGAAAAGAACAAUUUCCGUAAAAGAGUCUCAGUCAAAGCAAAAACCACUAAGGUAUGUGUCAAGUCAUCCGUUUUGAAGAAAAAGGAUGUCAAAUACUGGACAAACAAGUUUCUGAAAGCAAAAAAGCUUCGAGCUUUGGUGCGUGUCAUUUCAAGCGGAAAAUUUUCGUAUAAAUUAACUCUUACGAAGCAUUGAAUAAAUCUUCCAAACACUGAA